AUGUCCCCCUGCCUGCCGUACUUCUUUGAGGAGGACACGCUGGAGGAGCUCCAGGUCUCGUCGAUCACGACCACUGUUUCCACGAUCGACUCACUGGAGUCAGAAGUCACGACCACUGUUUCCACGAUCGACUCACUGGAGUCAGAAGUCACGACCACUGUUUCCACGAUCGACUCACUGGAGUCAGAAGUCACGACCACUGUUUCCACGAUCGACUCACAGGAGUCAGAAGUCACGACCACUGUUUCCACGAUCGACUCACUGGAGUCAGAAGUCACGACCACUGUUUCCAAGAUCGACUCACUGGAGUCAGAAGUCACGACCAUUGUUUCCACAAUCGACUCAUUGGAGUCAGAAGUCAUGACCACUGUUUCCACGAUCGACUCACUGGAGUCAGAAGUCACGACCACUGUUUCCACGAUCGACUCACUGGAGUCAGAAGUCACGACCACUGUUUCCACGAUCGACUCACAGGAGUCAGAAGUCACGACCACUGUUUCCACGAUCGACUCACUGGAGUCAGAAGUCACGACCACUGUUUCCAAGAUCGACUCACUGGAGUCAGAAGUCACGACCACUGUUUCCACGAUCGACUCAUUGGAGUCAGAAGUCAUGACCACUGUUUCCACGAUCGACUCACUGGAGUCAGAAGUCACGACCACUGUUUCCACGAUCGACUCACUGGAGUCAGAAGUCACGACCACUGUUUCCACGAUCGACUCACUGGAGUCAGAAGUCACGACCACUGUUUCCACGAUCGACUCACUGGAGUCAGAAGUCACGACCACUGUUUCCACGAUCGACUCACUGGAGUCAGAAGUCACGACCACUGUUUCCAAGAUCGACUCACUGGAGUCAGAAGUCACGACCACUGUUUCCACGAUCGACUCAUUGGAGUCAGAAGUCACGACCACUGUUUCCACGAUCGACUCACUGGAGUCAGAAGUCACGACCACUGUUUCCACGAUCGACUCACUGGAGUCAGAAGUCACGACCACUGUUUCCACGAUCGACUCACAGGAGUCAGAAGUCACGACCACUGUUUCCACGAUCGACUCACUGGAGUCAGAAGUCACGACCACUGUUUCCAAGAUCGACUCACUGGAGUCAGAAGUCACGACCACUGUUUCCACGAUCGACUCACUGGAGUCAGAAGUCACGACCACUGUUUCCACGAUCGACUCACUGGAGUCAGAAGUCACGACCACUGUUUCCACGAUCGACUCACUGGAGUCAGAAGUCACGACCACUGUUUCCACGAUCGACUCACUGGAGUCAGAAGUCACGACCACUGUUUCCAAGAUCGACUCACUGGAGUCAGAAGUCACGACCACUGUUUCCACGAUCGACUCAUUGGAGUCAGAAGUCACGACCACUGUUUCCACGAUCGACUCACUGGAGUCAGAAGUCACGACCACUGUUUCCACGAUCGACUCACUGGAGUCAGAAGUCACGACCACUGUUUCCACGAUCGACUCACAUGAGUCAGAAGUCACGACCACUGUUUCCACGAUCGACUCACUGGAGUCAGAAGUCACGACCACUGUUUCCAAGAUCGACUCACUGGAGUCAGAAGUCACGACCACUGUUUCCACGAUCGACUCACUGGAGUCAGAAGUCACGACCACUGUUUCCACGAUCGACUCACUGGAGUCAGAAGUCACGACCGCUGUUUCCACGAUCGACUCACUGGAGUCAGAAGUCACGACCGCUGUUUCCACGAUCGACUCACUGGAGUCAGAAGUCACGACCACUGUUUCCACGAUCGACUCAGUGGAGUCAGAAGUCACGACCGCUGUUUCCACGAUCGACUCAUUGGAGUCAGAAGUCACGACCACUGUUUCCACGAUCGACUCAGUGGACACCCUUAAGUAUCAGGGUACCAGGGUGACAGCACCCUGA